AUGUUAUAUUUUGUUGUGUCCGUGCUCUCCUUUUGUGCUGUGGUCUAUGCCCAGCCUCCGCCAGUAGAUGCAAAUGGCUGUCCAGCAGGGUUUAAACCACACGGCGGUUACUGUUAUUUCGCUUCAAGAACAGAGGCUAACUGGGCUGGAGCAAUGGGUUAUUGUCAAUCAAUAGGAGCAAAUCUGGCGACUGUAAAAGAUUUAGACACACAGACCUUUCUGACUGCACUUAUUAAGAAGAAUUUUACAACUUCGACGAUAACUUUAAAUACAGGUAACGAUUACAUCUAUCAUUACCUGAUCGACUCAGGUAUCGAUGUCUCUGGGCACUUUUCAUUCACUUUUGACGUCAUGGCUUGCAAUGAUGCUCACAUUGCACUGUCAAGAGACAAAAAUGAUAAUGCGUACACGUAUGAGAUUGUCAUUGGUGGGUGGAGUGAUUCACAAUCAGUGAUCCGUGACUGUAAGCAAUGCGCACACAUGGAUACUGCUGCACACCAAAAUCACCCAGUAAAUUGUACACAGUAUCUCCCCUUUUGGAUCAGCUGGACCAAUAAUGUCAUAAAAGUCGGAAAAGGUCAUGAUAUUGGCAAAAACAGAUUUCUCAUCUGGAACGACACAGCACCUCAUGACGUCAACUUCGUUGCUGUGGCAACAGGGUUUGGCGCUACAGGAAAGUGGAAGUUUGAAAGAGGUACAUACAUGCCUGGGCAGUUUUGGUUGGCGGGUUCCGAUUUGGCCUUAGAACAACAGUGGAUGUGGCUCCCAGAUGAGACCGCGUUUGAUUACACGAAUUGGGCAUCAGGUGAACCAGACAAUCUCUACAAUAAACAACACUGUAUCCUCAUGGACAGCUCCCGCUCCUACCAAUGGACGGACGAAGACUGCGAGGAAAGCCGGAACUUUAUCUGUCAGAUCGAAAGAAAUGGCUAAUAAAUCCGUGAUUUU